GAAGGAUGAAUAACGUUUCAUCAUCAACGGUAGAUGAAGAUGAAUUAUUAAACAUUAAAGGUUCUUCGAAAUUUUAUGAGGAUAUUAUUCUUUUUACAAAAUUUGACUUAAAAAAGAGUUGGAGACCUGGUGCCGUUGGACAAGAGAUAACGAAAUAUAGUCAAGAUAAAAGUUGGCUGUUGUGCGAACUUCUUUCUUCUGUAUAUAAAAAUGGAAAAUUACAAAGAGCAACUGUCCUUUGUGUGUCUACUGAUAGGUCAAAAUUUUGCGGGGUUCACACAAUGGAAGAAUUUAGUGCAAUUGAUUU